UGAGUUCACCCGUGAAGAAUUGAUGGGUUCGAGUCUGAAUCGAGAAGAAAUUGAAUGCAUAGAAAUCAGUUAGGGCUUGUAGUGGAGCUGAUGGUGGUUGCAAAUUUGGGCUUGAUGAUGAAAUUCAGGCAAGAUGGGUUUCUGGUGGAGAUUAAGGUCACUGAAUUGAGUCUACAACAAGUUGAAUACAGAAGAUUAAUAGAUGUAUGUUAGGAUGGAGGAUUUGUGUACGUAUGGAGUUGAAAAUAGGCCUGAAUUUGGCCUGGAAAUGGCCUGAAAUAGAGGAAACUUUGUCUAAAUCUCCCUUAUGGGAUGAUUUGUUUUUCUCUGUUGCUGUUAUUCAAUUUGACUGAGUUGUUGUUAUCUGAUGUAUUGCUGUUGUGAUGGACUGGAUAAACCUUCGAUGUAUGUUAUAAUUGUUACAGGGAAGAAGAAAAAUGACCUGAAAAAUGGUGUUAUUGAAGAUGAGGGUAUUUUCGGAAGCUGAGUACCACGUGUUUGUUUUUGUCCACCUGUACACAGUCGGUGACUCAGCUAACCGGGUUGGAUGGAAAAAGUGACGAGAGGAGGUUUUACUAAUAUUUUUUCUGUAGGGGAAGUAACUCAAAUUAUGAUAUUCGCCAGGGGAGGUAACGCAAAUUACCCCGAGGAAGUUUUUGCUGUUUCCGAUUUUGGGGACCUAUACCAUAUUACCAUUCAAAAGAGCGACAGGUGUCGUUAUAAUUAUUGAAAUACCUAAACUAGCCCUCCAGUGUGUAUGUAUUUUUUAGUUAAAGAGAGGUUUUAGGGCGUAGAGUGAAGAGGAGGGUUUAUUGAGUACUGUGGAAAAUGGGGUACACUGAAGAAGCCAGAGAAAAUCAUGUCAAGACGAAAGUUGAAGAAGCUUUGCGAAGCAAGAUGAAGGCGAAAGCACUUAAAGAAUGUGUCCACUACACUUCAAAGUAUGCUGAGUGUGCUGUAGGAAGAACAUUAUCUGUUGUGUGGCAGUGCCGCCAAGAAGCAAAAGAGCUUAAUGAAUGCCUUCAUCAAUACACAAGUGACUCUGUCUUGGAGGAAAUGAAGAAAGCAUACACGCUACAACAGGAAUCCUAGUGAUCUCCUCCAGUCAUAGCCUUUUUGCCAAUAAAUACUCAAACUUGUCAUAUUUGUGCCUUCUAGGAUAUUUCUCACAUUAAAUCUUACAUUCGAAUAUUUGUUUUUCUUCAACGAUGCACACGUAAUUUUAAAUUGAGAUGGAAAGUGUUCAACGACAUUGAGGUUAUGUUAUUUUAAUGAUUAGAUAUAUGCUAAAGAAUUUAACACCGUGGAUAUUAUGU